ACCAGCCGGCGUCGUUUUUACGUUUUCUUCCCAUCUGAGAGCGAGGGCUGUGGAAAAUUCAGAGCUCCUCGAUCGAAGAAGAAUCUGCGAAGUCGAAAGGGAAGAAGGAGAUGUUGCCCACAGUAUCGAAAGGGCGCUCGUCGUCCUCUACAUCUCGAUCUAACCCAAUGUUCUUUCAGUACCUCCGCCGAAUAGUCAAGUGGCAACAAAUGGAUGUUGAAUAUACCUUUUGGCAAAUGCUUCACCUAUGCACCUCGCCAAAAGUUGUCUAUCAGCACACCAAGUAUCACAAGCAAACUAAGAAUCAAUGGGCACGUGACGAUCCUGCUUUUGUUGUAAUCUGCAGCAUUCUUUUGAUGGUUGCAACUUUGGCUUAUUGUGCUGCGUACGGCCAUAGUGCUGGACAUGCUGUUUAUGUAGUUAUCUCAGUAUUGCUUUUCCAUUUUUUGAUAACUGGAGUAGUUAUAGCUACAAGUUGUUGGUUCCUGACUAAUUCUUACCUUCGGGAAGAGGCUCCCUUCAACAGUCAUGUGGUUGAGCAACGAGUUGAAUGGCUGUACGCUUUUGAUGUUCAUUGCAACUCUUUCUUCCCAAUCUUUGUUCUACUUUAUGUCAUACAUUACUUUUUGUCACCACUUUUGGUAGCCCAUGGUUUCAUUCCCAUGUUGCUGUCAAACUUGCUUUUCAUGGCGGCGGCUUCUUACUACCAUUAUCUGAACUUUUUAGGUUAUGAUGUGUUGCCCUUUCUGGAGAGGACCACUUUCUUUCUAUAUCCCAUUGGUGCUGUCAUUGUCCUUUCUCCUAUUUUGAUUUUGAGUGGCUUCAAUCCUUCGAGAUAUUUUAUGAACUUGUACUUCAGUCAACGUUUUAUGAUUCAGUAAGGUUAACACUUAGGUACAGACAUAAUGAGGUUUGAGGACUAGUUCAGGGACCGCAGCAGCACAUGGAAGGGUUCGAUGAGUGCUAUGACUGUUUCACGAAAACGUGAAAGGAAAAGCAGUUGCACCGCAUGGAGCAACUGUUGUAGCUUUAUUUCUGGGAAUCUUUCUGCUGCAGCUGCGACAUGCAAGUUGGAACCAAGUGAAGGGAGGGCAGCUAAGUGUAUAUCUAGUGAUUGGGGACAUUGAUCAAUGGAUCUGUUGAAUGUAUUGAUUUUUUUCCCAUAUUGUCCCGUGUUUACCAUCAUAAUAGGUUCAAAAAUUCAAAAGUUCACUUUACCCAUGCUUAGAAGUGUCUUCCUCGAUCUAGUGUUUGGAAAUCAUGUUCAAGGUAGCUGCUUAUUUCGUUUUUCUUAAGAAUCUGGAGUUGCUCAGAUUUGAUUAGAAGCCAAUGACUCUCUUUGUAACCCAUUGUAGGUGGUUUGGGAAGUAUGAGAGUUAGCCAAUUCAAGCUA